ACACCCUCUCUCUCUCUCUCUCUCUCUCAUCAAUCCCUUUAUCAUCUCCUCCCUGUAUAUUUUCUUGUCUUCUCUCCUCUCCUCUCCAUCCUUUCCUUCACAACUUACAACAACAAUGGCUUACAAAAUCUGGGCGCCUUUGAUGCUUCUGGCUCUCUUUGCCGGUUCAGCUUUGGCUCAGGCACCAGGAGCUGCACCAACAGCUUCACCAGCUACAUCACCAUCUCCUGCACCCGCUGCUCCUACAACUCCACCCCCCGCUCCAACCCCCUCUCCAUCAGUCUCUGCUCCAACCCCCUCUACUUCUCCGGCCCCCUCUACUGCUCCAUCCACUCCUCCUCCUUCAUCUCCAGCCAGCUCACCACCUUCUCCCUCUACCCCUGCCCCCUCCGUAUCCAUUCCUCCAAGCGCCGCUUCCCCUCCAUCUCCAAGCGCCGCCGGCUUGAACAAAGCCACCGUGGCUGGUGCUUUGAUUGGAGUCGCUGGUGUGUGGUCUUUGUUGCUGUAGAUCUGAUCAUCGGAUGUUGAUUGUUACAAUUAUAUUUAUGUUUCACUUUAGUCGGGGAUUAUUAUUGUUAUUAUUUCGAGUCGUUUUGUAAUUUUGUUUAUGGACGGUGAUGGUGACUCUUUUGGUUUAUCUUGACGGUUGAUAUUUGAUUAUUAUUGUUGUUGUUAUCAUUGUUCUUUUUUAUGAUUAAUUAAUGAUUGGUCGUCAUGUAAUCAAUCGUUUAUUUUCAAUAAUUUCUUAUUUAUCUCCUCA